AUGUCUACACCUAAGAAGGACCAGGCUAGCGAUAAAUUGGUCGAUAAGAAACGCAAGCCCAAUCGCCUGAUGGUUGAUGAUACCUUAAAGGAUGAUAACUCAGUGGUCUCGAUGUCUCAAGCGAAAAUGGAUGAGUUGCAGCUAUUUCGUGGUGAUACGGUGACUAUAAAAGGAAAGAAACGGAGAGAUACAGUCUGCGUGGCUCUAGUAGACGAGACUUGUCCAGAUGAUAGGAUUCGUUUCAACCGAUGCGUGCGUAAUAAUUUGCGAGUGAGGAUCGGAGAUAUUGUGACAGUUGUUGGUUGCCCUGAUAUAGUCUAUGGGAGGCGAAUUCACGUUUUGCCCAUAGACGACACAAUAAUUGGUCUUACAGGGAAUCUAUAUGAAGUCUUCAUAAAGCCGUACUUUUUGGCUGCCUACCGACCUAUUCGUAAAGAUGACGUUUUCAUUGUACGUGGUGGGAUGCGCGCCGUUGAAUUCAAAGUAAUUGAAACAGAUCCUUCACCUUAUUGUAUUGUUGCACCCGAUACUAUUAUACAUACAGAAGGUGACCCUGUAAAACGAGAGGAUGAAGAAGAAAGAUUGAACGAAAUAGGCUACGAUGACAUUGGAGGUUGCCGCAAACAACUAGCACAAAUCAAGGAGAUGGUGGAGUUACCUCUUCGUCACCCACAAUUGUUCAAAGCUAUAGGUGUUAAACCUCCACGUGGUAUACUACUCUAUGGACCUCCUGGCACUGGGAAGACUUUAGUUGCACGAGCAGUAGCUAACGAGAGUGGGAGCUUUUUCUUCUUAAUCAAUGGGCCCGAAAUCAUGUCAAAAUUGGCUGGAGAGUCAGAAUCUAACUUGCGCAAAGCGUUUGAAGAAGCAGAGAAAAAUGCACCAGCUAUAAUUUUCAUCGAUGAGCUUGAUGCUAUUGCUCCAAAGAGAGAAAAAACUCACGGAGAAGUUGAACGUCGAAUUGUUUCUCAACUAUUAACUUUGAUGGAUGGCCUUAAACAGCGUAGUCAUGUGAUUGUUAUGGCUGCCACAAACCGACCAAAUAGUGUCGACCCAGCUCUUAGACGCUUUGGUCGUUUCGACCGUGAAAUCGAGAUAGGCAUUCCUGAUAGCAUCGGGCGGCUAGAAAUUUUGAGGAUACAUACGAAGAAUGUACGACUUGCUAAUGACGUCGAUCUUGAGCAGAUAGCCAAUGAAGCACAUGGUCACGUUGGAGCUGACUUAGCGUCACUGUGUUCAGAAGCUGCUUUGCAACAGAUUCGAAACAAGAUGGAUCUUAUUGAUCUAGAAGACGAUACAAUUGAUGCUGAGGUACUGAACUCUCUUGCUGUUACCAUGGAUGACUUCCGCUGGGCAUUAGGAAAGAGCAACCCCUCUGCUCUCAGAGAGACUACUGUUGAAGUGCCUAACGUAACGUGGAAUGAUAUUGGUGGACUGGAGAAUGUAAAACGGGAGCUUCAAGAAUUAGUACAAUAUCCAGUGGAGCAUCCAGACAAGUUCCUAAAGUUUGGUAUGACUCCAAGUAAAGGUGUCCUGUUUUAUGGUCCUCCAGGUUGCGGCAAAACGCUGUUGGCGAAAGCAAUUGCGAAUGAGUGUCAAGCAAAUUUCAUCAGCAUUAAAGGACCCGAGUUGUUGACGAUGUGGUUUGGUGAGUCUGAAGCAAACGUUCGGGAUAUUUUUGACAAGGCACGACAAGCUGCACCCUGUGUACUUUUCUUCGACGAACUGGACUCUAUUGCCAAGGCUCGUGGAGGUAGUGUCGGUGACGCUGGAGGGGCUGCUGACCGAGUUAUCAAUCAACUGCUGACAGAAAUGGAUGGCAUGUCUGCUAAAAAGAAUGUUUUCAUUAUCGGCGCCACUAAUCGUCCAGACAUAAUAGACGGAGCUAUUUUACGUCCUGGAAGACUUGAUCAACUAAUCUAUAUCCCACUACCGGACGAACCCUCAAGGGUUAAUAUUCUAAAGGCGAAUUUGCGGAAAUCACCGAUAGCUAAGGAUGUUGACCUCAAUUACUUGGCAAAAGUCACCCAGGGUUUCUCGGGUGCUGAUCUUACUGAAAUCUGCCAGCGUGCAUGUAAGCAAGCUAUCCGGGAAUGUAUUGAGGCCGAAAUAAACGCUGAACGCGAAAGAAAAGCCAGACCAAAUGCUAUGGAGGAUGACAGCGAUCCAGUCCCAGAAAUAACACGUCGCCAUUUUGAAGAAGCAAUGCGUUUCGCCAGACGUUCAGUCACUGAAAACGAUGUGCGAAAGUAUGAGAUGUUCGCCCAGACAUUACAACAGUCCCGAGGAAUAGGCAACAACUUCAGAUUUCCGGGAUCAGACGGUUCCAGUGCCGCACCGUCUGGCGCUGGAGCUCAAGGUGGAGGAUCAAACUUUGGCGCUCAAAAUGAUGCAGAAGAUUUAUACAACUAG